UAUCAUGCAAUACACAUUCAAAUCUAACCCAACGCAUGGCUAGAAUUCAAGAAGAGGUCACUCGACCUGUUGCAAAUUUUCAUCCCAGCCUUUGGGGAGAUCAAUUUCUCGUUCAUCGUGAGCAAGAUCAAGCUCCUGUAGAAGAAAUAAUCGAAGGAUUGAAAAAGGAAGUGAAGAAUGAAGUAUUGUUGGCCUUACAAGAUCCAAAACAACAUACUAACUUGCUGAAACUAUUAGAUGCUAUCCAACGCCUCGGCGUAGCCUACUAUUUUGGAAAGGAGGUCGACCAAGCCGUGCAACAUAUAUUUGAUAGAUAUGGCAAUGAGUGGGAGGGCGGUAGCCCUGCCCUUUGGUUCCGACUUCUCAGACAACAUGGUUUUUAUGUUUCUUGCGAUGUUUUUGGCCAGUAUAAGGGAAACAACGGACUAUUUAAGAAAGCAUUAGUAACCGACGAUGUUGAAUGCAUACUUGAGUUGUAUGAGGCAGCACAUAUGAGGGUGCAAGACGAAUUUGUACUAGAUGAUGCUCUUGUUUCUACAAAAGGUUAUCUUGAGAACAUAGCCAAUGAUCCUCAUAGCAGCUGUACUCUCACCAAGAAAAUACGGGAAGCACUUGAGCGACCUGUACAAAGAAGGUUGCCAAGACUAGAUGCAUUGCAAUACAUACCUUACUAUGAACAAGAAGUUUCUCAUAACAAGUCCUUGCUAAAACUAGCCAAGUUGGGGUUCAACCACCUUCAAUCCCUACAUAAGAAGGAGCUUAGCCAACUUUCCAAGUGGUGGAAAUGUUUUGAUGUUCCAAAGAAUUUCCCUUUUAUGAGAGAUAGAUUGGUUGAAAACUAUUUCUGGAUCGUAGGUGUUUACUUUGAGCCCCAAUAUUCUCAUGCUAGGAUUUUCUUAACUAAAGUGAUGGCAAUUUCAACAAUAUUAGACGAUACUUAUGAUGCUUAUGGUACUUAUGAAGAACUUGAUGUUUUCACCCAAGCAGUUCAAAGGUGGUCAAUAACUUGCAUUGAUGAACUUCCGGAUUACAUGAAACUGCUAUACAAAGGCCUCUUAGAUGUUUAUCAUGAAAUGGAGGAACUCAUGGGAAAGGAAGGAAAAGCACACUAUCUUAACUACGCCAAAGAGGCGAUGAAAGAAAUGAUCAGAAAUUUCAUGACCGAAGCGAAAUGGAGAAACGAGGGGUAUAUACCAACGGUGGAUGAGCACAAAUCAGUUACAUUCAUGAGUUGCGGCUACAAAAUGCUUACAAUUGCAAGUUUUGUAGGCAUGGGUGAUAUAAUCACAGACGGGUCAUUCCAAUGGGUUCUCGCCGAACCUCCACUUGUCAAAGCUUCAUCAGCAAUUUGUAGGAUUAUGGAUGAUAUUGUUGGUCACGAGGUGGAACAAAAAAGAAACCAUGUUGCAUCAAUUGUAGAAUGCUACAUGAAGGAACAUGGUGUCACUGAAGUGAAAUGUGUCUAUGAUUCACUGAAUCAAGGAGUAGAAGAAGCAUGGAAAGAGUUAAACCGAGAAUUACUUAUAUGUAAAGAUGUCCCUCUACCUCUUAUUAUGCGUGUGAUCAACCUGGCACGCGUAAUGGAUACCCUAUAUAAAUAUGAAGAUACUUUCACACAAGUUGGACAAGAAUUUAUUGAUCAUAUCAAAGCUUGUUUCAUUCAACCUAUACCAGUUUGAGUUUCCAUCUUUCAUUUAAGUCGCAAUCUACAAAAUAAUCCUUGAGCCUUAAUUAAGCUCCAUCUUGUAGUAUGUGUAAUAAUCCAUCGACUUAUUUGUAAUAAUGUUUUAUUCCUAUCUUAUUAAGUAAAGUUUGUAUUCAAA